UUCUUGUUUGGUUCCAGAACUUUGCCACUGCUGCCACUCGCUCAGAAUGGUGGUCAUGUUAUCGCCUAUCGGCACACAGUCUUUAAACCCACAGAUGGCUUCCGAGGACUCGAGGAUCUGCCAUUUCUUUCUUCCCUCUUCACGAACGAGGGGAUGUCAACGAUCAAGUUCCAGUUGCACCCUGAGCCAUUUUGCCGUCAUAUUUGCUCAGAUUGGCUCUCUGCACAGUUUGGGAACACAAUCUAUCAUGCACAUACGCUCUGGCUCUUCACGGAAAGUGACUUCAUGACGACUAUGGUGCCGAUUUCUCUUUUCGCCAUGGUGGCAGCACCUCUUCGGUCGCCGUACAACGUCCCACACCUUAUAUUCUGGCUUUGGUUCCAUUUGCUUGCGUUCAACACGUCGAAUCAAACCUCCUCGCUUGAAGAUGCCACCAAUAAGCCCGACCGGCCCAUUCCCGCAAGGCGAAUCUCUCUCCGCCAUGCGAAGGUUCUGAGAUGGACACUAACACCUGCUUGUUGGCUGCUGUCUCGUGCGUAUAGCCAGGAGACCAUGUUUGCCAGCAUGGCUUUGUCUGUGUUCACGUGGAUGUAUAACGAGUUGCAUGGAAAUUCGCGCUCUCUGUCGAGAUACGCGCUCAAUGGCUUGGGCUUCGCUGCUUUCGAGGCUGGGACGACAUUAGUGGCCCGCGACGACAAGACCACUCUAGACGGCCCUGGCCGGUUAGCAAUACUCCUUAGCGGGUGCAUUUUUGCGACGACCAUCUAUGCGCAAGAUUUCAGAGACGUUAUCGGCGACGGUCUUAUCGGUCGCGACACCAUACCUAUCCGUUUUGGUGCACCAAGUCGACCUGCGCUAUUAACUGGUAUCAUUAUAUGGUCAAUGUCGCUUUCCUGCAUCUGGCAAGCUGACCUCUACACGGCUUCGUUCUUUAUCCUUCUCGGGGCAUUUGCCGGUGGCCGAUUUGUCUGCAUGACCACUGUCGAAGAAGACCGUCGGUCUUACUUCUGGUACAAUGUCUGGGUAUCUGCAGCGCACGUCCUUCCAGGAUAUUGGAGAAUGAAGUACUCUUAA